UCCUCCAAGGAUGGCUCCCAAUCCCAUGGCUUAUCAUGGAAUUUGAAAUCCUCAAUUCGCUGCUUUACCAUUAAGGGUCGUUUUCUGAAAACGUUUUUUUCUAGUAAGAAAUUUUCUGAAAACGUUUUAGUCUUCUGAAAUCUGAGCCACAUGUUUCACGUUCAUCUUUUAUAAUCUUGCUUAAUAAGUAAGCAGUCAUGGAAUCUUGGUCACUGGGGAGACUUGGGAGACAUGGGUUGGAUGGAAGGUUUUUUCAGUUUUCUCCAUUCACCAACCAUCCAUGGCGUAUGGACCCAAUCACCAUUCCCAUUGAGUUUCUUUGUAGACGAAGAUCACCCCAACCCCGCCAUCUCACCUGAUCUUCUUCAAGUUUUAAGCUUUUGAAAACUUUGAGGCCAUUAAACUCUCUCUUUCUGGGCCGCCCAUGUAGAGCUAUUCUUUAUUAGUGUUCAUUUUAGGGCACUAUGUAGUAACAGGUCCACUCCUAGUGUUACGGCUACGGCUUGUUACAGGAGAAAAGUAGAAAUGAUUCUUUUCUCUUUAUAGAAGACUAUCUGAGGUUCUUUUAUCUUCUCUUUCUUUCUGUGACUGUGUACUUUGCAUCUUAGAAUAAGCAGCUGCCUUGCUCGAGGAUAUUUAAUCUCUAACCUUUAUGUUUAAUGUUUCAAAGCCUUUACCGAGUUAGCUGCUGGCAAGUCAUCUUAGUGCUAACUCUCUUGGCCCCCAAGGCCCCAUGUCAGCCAGCCACACUAUUUGUUCAUGUUUAACUAUUAGUUAUCUGGGCUCCUUUUAGUUUUCCUAUAAUCGAAUCUAUGUAAGUGGGAUUGUGUUAUUUUUUACUAAUAUUCCUGUGUUCCUUUCAAUUUUCUAUUAUAGAAUCUAUGCAUGUGGGAUUGUGGGUUCUUCUUCCCUUCGCUUCAAUAUAGUUGCUGCAUUUGGGCUUUGAAAAUUUGGUAUUCUGUAAUCUGUCUCAGUAAACUUAUAUGAGCCUGAUUGAAUGCAAAAAAUUAUACAUGGGUAUCCGGAACUGAGGGAUUUUUCAAAGUAAAAACAUUUUAUUUGAUCACUGAUGUGCAUUUGGUUGCCCAUGGUCUCAUGCUUCUUCAUGCUAGUUUCCGAAGUGGUUAACAGAACUAUAGUACCCAGUAUGUUAUGUUCUUCUUCAUACUAUCAAUCCUUUAACCCAUCUUCCCCCUGUUGACAGUCCUUCGUCUGUGAUCCUUUUUUUUUCCUGCUUCUUAUGUGGGUAGUGAUGGUUUUUUGAGCCUAUUGUUGUUCUUGUCAUAAGAAUAAGAAGUUGGAUUUUCAUUUUUGUUUUCCUUUUUUAGCUUGGUUUCUGGAAUCUGUACUCCCUCUGUGGUGCAAUAGAUGUCUUAGACUAGAUGCAAUGUUGGUUUAGUCAAAGGCAUUAACUGCAUAUAAAAAUAAAUUCUCAUCAUGGGCCUCCUUCAGUUCAGUGGCUCUGUCCAUCUCCUUGUGAUGAGAUUGCUUCAGUUGUUGCUUUUCUGUUUGUUAAUGAUCAUGGAAGUUCAGAGCGGAAGUCGAAAAUUAGGCACUUCUUCACGGCCACGCGUUGUGAAUGUGGGAGUUCUGUUCACUUUCAAUUCAACCAUUGGAAAGGUGGCAAAGCCAGCAAUUUUAGCUGCUGUUGAUGAUAUUAAUUCCGAUUCGAGCAUUCUUGCAGGGACAACACUGAAUAUCCUCAUGCAGGACACAAAUUGCAGUGGAUUUCUUGGAACCAUAGAAGCUUUGCAGCUUAUGGAGAAAGAUGUGGUUGCGGUAAUUGGUCCCCAAUCCUCAGGAAUAGCUCAUGUCAUCUCUCAUGUUGUUAAUGAACUCCAAGUUCCACUUCUUUCGUUUGCAGCCACAGAUCCCACUCUUGCCGCACUACAGUACCCCUACUUCCUCCGUACUACACAGAGUGACUAUUUCCAGAUGUAUGCAAUAGCAGAUUUGGUUGAAUAUUAUGGAUGGAGAGAGGUCAUUGCUAUCUAUGUGGAUGAUGAUUAUGGGAGAGGGGGGAUAUCUGUGUUGGGUGAUGCUCUAGCAAAGAAACUUUCAAAGAUAUCCUACAAAGCUGCCUUUCCUCCAGGGGCCUCCAGAAGCACAAUUAGUGAUCUCUUAGUUGGGGUAAAUCUGAUGGAAUCUCGUGCUUAUAUUGUACAUGUGAAUCCGGAUUCUGGUCUGACAGUUUUCUCUGUUGCAAAGUCUCUCGGGAUGAUGAGUAGCGGCUACGUGUGGAUUGCAACAGAUUGGCUUCCUUCUGUUUUGGAUUCAUCAGAACCAGUAGACCCUGACACUAUGGAUCUCUUGCAAGGGGUUGUUGCCCUCCGUCAUCAUACACCAGAUUCUGGUAUCAGAAAGAAUUUUAUAUCUCGGUGGAGUGACUUACAACGCAAAGGGAAUGCUACCUCAAGCUUGAAUUCGUAUGGACUCUAUGCUUAUGAUUCUGUUUGGUUAGUUGCUCAUGCUCUUGAAGAGUUUCUCAGUGAGGGAGGGAAUAUUUCUUUCUCUAAUGAUCCAAGCUUGCAUGAUGCAAAGGGAAGCUCAUUGAACUUAUUGGGACUCCGUUUGUUUGAAGGCGGUCAGAAGUUACUUCAGAAACUGACUGUGAUGAACUUUACAGGUUUAAUUGGGCAGGUUCAAUUUGAUUCAAACAAGAAUUUGAUCCAACCGGCAUAUGAUAUUAUUAACAUUGCUGGGACUGGGUCCCGCAGGGUUGGAUAUUGGUCAAAUUAUUCACAUCUCUCAGUUAUUGCUCCAGAGAUCCUAUAUAAGAAGCCCCCAAACACUUCUACCAGUAACCAACAGCUUUACAGCAUAAUUUGGCCUGGAGAAACUUCGACUACGCCACGUGGGUGGGUGUUUCCCAACAAUGGGCAACCUUUGAGGAUUGGGGUUCCUAACCGAGUAACAUACAAGCAAUUUUUGGCAAAGGACAACAACCCCAGCGGGGUGAGGGGUUUCUGUAUUGAUGUCUUUGAAGCUGCUGUGAAUUUGUUGCACUAUCCUGUUCCACACACAUACAUAUUAUAUGGGAAUGGUUAUAGGAACCCUAAUUUUGAUGAGCUUGUGACAAUGGUCUCUGAAAAUAAUUUUGAUGCAGCUGUUGGAGAUAUAACCAUUGUUACAAAUAGGACAAGAAUUGUGGAUUUCACUCAGCCCUACAUCGAAUCUGGCCUUAUUGUGGUUGCUCCUGUAAAAAAGAUUAAGUCCAGUGCUUGGGCUUUCCUAAAGCCAUUUACAUUUCAAAUGUGGUGUGUCACUGGUGCUUUCUUUCUGUUUGUGGGAGCAGUUGUUUGGAUUCUUGAACAUCGGAUAAAUGCUGAAUUUCGUGGUCCACCGAGGCAGCAGCUUGUAACAGUUUUUUGGUUCAGUUUCUCUACAAUGUUUUUUUCCCACCGAGAGAACACUGUUAGCACCCUUGGACGUUUUGUGCUGAUCAUAUGGCUCUUUGUAGUACUUAUUAUCAAUUCAAGCUACACAGCUAGCUUGACAUCCAUUCUCACAGUGCAGCAGUUGUCAUCCCAGAUUGAAGGGAUUGACAGCUUGAUCUCUAGCUCUGACCCUAUUGGCAUUCAGGAUGGGUCAUUUGCAAGGAACUAUUUGAUCGAUGAGCUUAACAUUGCGGAAUCCAGGAUCGUGACCCUAAAAUCUGAGGAAAAUUAUUUGGAUGCUCUUCAGCGUGGACCCAAAUAUGGUGGGGUUGCUGCUAUUGUUGAUGAACUUCCUUAUGUUGAGGUCUUCCUGUCUGACAGCAACUGCAAAUUCCAGACUGUGGGGCAAGUGUUUACAAAAAGUGGUUGGGGUUUUGCAUUCCAGAGGGAUUCUCCUCUUGCAGUGGACUUGUCAACAGCAAUCCUUACACUCUCAGAGAACGGUGACCUCCAAAGGAUCCAUGAUAAAUGGUUGUCCCGUAACCUCUGCUCUGCACAAAGCAGCCAAGUUGAUUCGAACCGUCUCUCUCUCAAGAGUUUCUGGGGCCUCUUCCUGAUUUGUGGCACUGCAUGCUUCAUUGCUCUUAUUGUAUUUUUUACACGUGUCUUUUGUCAGUAUCGGAAGUAUGGUCCAGAUGAUGAGGUAGGGGAGGAUGAUGAAGUUGAAGGAGACAGACCCAAUAAUAGUUCUCGGCGCCCUUUCCGCUCGACCAGCUUCAAGAACUUAAUUGAGUUUGUUGAUAAGAAAGAAGAGGAGAUCCUGAAGAAGAAGAAAGCCAGUUUUAGCAAACAACAAUGUUCUAGUCAAAGCUUAGAUGGACAGUCCAGUUCACCUUCUUGAGCAUAUUUUCUUUAUAUACCACUACAAUUAGUAGGUUGCACUUUCAAGUCUCUCAUGGAUUAACGUUCAAAGGGCAGGGCCAUUAAAGCUUUCGGGAGUAGGUGAAAGUGGGCAUGAGAUGGAUCAAGACACAUCAUUUGUUUCAGAAUAGCAACAAGUCUGUAGGGGCAGAAAAAAAUGUACAAGUUCGCAUAUUUAUAGUUCAGAUAAGUAAAACAUGGAGGGGAAAAAAAUUCUUGCCUUCUGUAUUAUAUAAAAGUCUCUCCUGUACUUCUUUUUAUAAAAUUCUUGCAUUUUUGUCUUUUUUUUUUCA